AUGCACCUAUCUCCAUUGGAGACCGGGGAUCACUUGCUUGAAUAUUAUUUAGGAAGUCGGACAAUUAUCUGCGUGGAUCUUAUUCAAUUUGAGAACCCAGACAUCACAUAUCCAGAGAAUCUGAUGUUUAAAGUCAAUAAGUUGGACGUCGGUUCUCAUUAUUUUGGAUACUUUAUUUCAGUUAUCCGUCAAGACAGUUACCCGCUGAAAAUGCUCAGAACAGGAAAUGAGGGUGUCAAUUAUCAUAUGAGUACAAUUGUUCGUUCUGCAAAAAAUUUGAUUGUUGUAGUUGACAAGCCUGUAUACGAAAUAGAGGGUAUUCAUAAACUUCCCAACAAAUAUGUGUCAUUUGAGGAUAAUUAUGGCAACAUUGGAUUUGUACUGCGUGUAAUCUCAGAAUGGAUGAAUAACUCAAGGGAGAAUGGAACGACGUUCUCGUUUACUAGUACACACGAUAACUUCAUUGAAGACUCUCUGACAGCAUUUAAUGAAUUGUUCAACGGAUAUAAAGAUGAUUUUGAAGGUGUCGAUGAGCAAUUCAUGCCUGAUAAGCCCCGUUUCCUUGUUCCAAUACUCGAGGACACCGCCAAAAUUCAAAUCUAUGUAAUUCAAAGUGAAGAAUCUCCGAAACCAAAACUUGUAUUGAGAAAUAUUUCAUCGUUGUAA